CACACACACACACUCUCACACACACACACGCACGUCACAGAGCCGGAGAAACGAGUUUAAGCGGAACACUACAGACAAACUAUUCCAUUCUUCAUUCUUCAUUUACAGUUCUUCAAUGUUUCCUGAUUCAUCUGCAGGGUACAGUUAUGAGGAGUGUAAGGCCACAGCUGAUUGGCUGCUGGCUCAGGCUCCAGUGCGCCCCCUGCUGGGGAUCGUGUGCGGCUCCGGUCUCGGAGGACUGGCAGAAAUGCUGAAAGAUCAGCUGGUCAUCGACUACAGCGACAUCCCCAGCUUCCCUCGGAGCACCGUUCACGGGCACGCUGGAAGGCUGGUGUUCGGCAAGCUUAAAGGAACGCCGUGUGUUUGCAUGCAGGGCAGGUUUCAUCUGUAUGAAGGAUACCCCAUUCAGAAGACCACCAUGCCGAUGCGUGUGUUUAAGCUGAUGGGAGUGGAGACGGUCAUCCUGACCAACGCCGCCGGCGGACUCAACCCGGACUUCACAGUGGGAGACAUCAUGGUCAUCAAAGACCACAUCAAUAUUCCCGGAUUCGCUGGAAACAACCCGCUAGUGGGAGCCAACGACGAGAGGUUCGGCGAGCGCUUUCCGUGUAUGUCGGAUGCGUAUGACCGUGAUCUGCAGCAGCUGGCUCAUGCGGUCGCAGCGGAGCUGGAUUACUCUGCGUUCAUGCAGGACGGCGUGUACAGCGCCUUGGCCGGCCCGUCCUUCGAGACCGUCGCCGAAUGCAAAAUGCUGCGCCUCCUCGGAGCCGACGCCGUGGGCAUGAGCACGGUUCACGAGGUGAUCGUGGCGCGUCACUGUGGGAUGAGGGUCGUGGCUCUGUCUCUGAUCACCAAUCAGGCGGUGAUGGAUUACGACAGCGAGAAGAAAGCCAAUCACGAGGAGGUUCUGCAGACGGGCGAGCUGAGAGCGCAGCAGAUGGAGAAACUCGUCUCCACCAUGGUCUCCCGCAUGAGCUGCGAAACCACCAGACACUAAAACAGUGACCGCAGACCGCCAGCCGCUCGCUAAACACAUGAACGCUAGUCAGACCACGAUUUACAUUCCAGGGACAAAGUGUUUUAGGCAACAUUUUCCCAUCAAACACACCCGAGUGAUGAAUGGAGAGAUUUGACUGCUGCUUCUGUCAUUGCCAAAGUUAUUCUAGUUUAAACUGAUUAUCGUAUCACUGCUUUAAUGUGUAUUUAUUGUGUCCAAACAUCUUAAACGUGAUUUAUUUAAAACUUAAGUUAAACAAGUGGGAAAUAAUGCACAAACAUGUCCAGUCAUGAAGAAAAUUGGGGUUUUUGUUUUGUUUUUGAAUAUUAAAAAUUUGAGAAAAUAUUUUUUUAAAAGAAGAAUGUUACUGAUAUCACUGUGAGGUACUGAACUGAAGAUUACUGUAUUUAUGUGACCUAUUUAUGCAAACUGUAAGGUUUUUAAAGUUGUUUUAAAUUGCACUAAAUGAUGGAGUAUUUUGGUGUUUUAUGAGUCAGUUUUAAGAUCUGAAUUUCUGUUAUACUGACUUUUACCAGCACUUUCCCCAAAACCAUUUACUUUGACUUGAACGUUUAAAUUGCACUUCAAACUUUGUGUUAGAUGUUUCUGUGUAAACUGCUUCAAUGCAAUAAAAACCAAUGCUGUA